AUGUCCGUCAAGCUGAAUAGCCCUGCCGAUGACUCUGACAACACCAUUCCCGUUGAUCGGACGAAUUCUUCGCGUCAUGUCGCCGUUUCGGAGACUAGGAACAGAUCAGUCUUGAGCACUUACAAAGGCUUUGUCGCUGGAAUCUUCAGUGGUAUAGCCAAACUGUCUGUCGGCCAUCCUUUCGACACUAUCAAAGUACGUCUGCAGACCUCGGAAAAGACACAUUUUAGUGGCCCAUGGGAUUGCUUGGUGCAGACAAUCAAAAAGGAAGGACCGCAAGGACUAUACAAGGGCGCAACACCUCCACUGCUGGGAUGGAUGGCCAUGGACUCUGUGAUGUUGGGCAGCUUGACUCUUUACCGAAGGAUGCUCCAUGAGAAAGUCUUCUCAAACCCGUCCUUCCGGCCUGGCAAAUCUGCUGUGGAGCUAGCAAAUGAGAAAUUGCCAGCUUUUGGACACGGGAUUGCAGGUAUCAUGGCUGGCUCUACCGUCUCCUUCAUCGCCGCGCCGGUCGAACAUGUCAAGGCUAGGCUGCAGAUACAAUAUGCCGCCCAGAAGAAGGACAGGUUGUACAAAGGUCCCAUUGAUUGCACUUCUAAGAUUCUGAAGACUCAUGGGAUCCGUGGCUUGUAUCAUGGGUUGUUCGCAACCCUACUGUUUCGGUCCUUCUUCUUCUGUUGGUGGAGCUCAUACGAAAUAUUCUCCAACGUGUUCAAGAAACAUACGUCGUUGUCAACACCUUCUAUCAAUUUCUGGGCGGGUGGUUUGUCUGCACAGGUUUUUUGGCUCACAUCCUAUCCGUCCGAUGUCGUUAAGCAGCGAAUCAUGACAGAUCCUUUGGGAGGAAACUUAAACGAUGGCACACCCAAGUUCAGGCGCUGGAGGGAUGCUGCCGUAACCGUGUACCGAGAGUCCGGGUGGAGGGGAUACUGGAGAGGGUUUGUACCUUGUUUCCUGCGGGCAUUUCCUGCCAAUGCGAUGGCGUUGGUGGCGUUUGAAGGUGUGAUGCGUGCUCUUCCUGAAUAG